UUGAUAAGAUCGUACAAUACAUUAUGUUAUUAAAUUUUUACAAAAUUACUUGUACUAUAGUCUUGAUGUUUGUGCUGUAUAAAUUUACAAGGGUUGGACAACUUAGGAAGUGAAUUGGUUGAUCUAAUUUUAACAAAAAUUUGGACUCAAAAAUUUAUUUUUAGAUUGAUGUUCAUUAAGUUGGUCAAAUGUCAGACAUCAAUAUUUAAGUUGAGGACAUAUGUAGAUAUUUGCCACACUACUUGGAUGAUGAUAAUGAUAUUCUUGAUGAUGAUUUUAAUGAAGGGCUUGAUGAAUUCUCCCAUAAUGAUCGGGGUUUAUUGAAAUUUUAAAAAAUAGCAUAUAAGUUCAUAUUUUUUAUAUUUAUUUUAUAUUGUCAGUAGAAUUUUACAAUCCUUGAUCUGAUCCUGUGAUCCGGUCCUGCCAAUCCUCUUUGUGAUCCCAUGUAGGCUUCUGAUUUUAACAACCUUGGUGUUUAUGAACUUCUUGGAAGUAAAGUGAUUGCAAUUAUUGUUAUUUUUUUAAUAGCAUUUCAAAGAUUCUAUUCACAUAUUUUGCAUGGAAAUGAUUAGUUAUUUGUUUUAGGACUUCAUUCUUGAAGAUGGAUGUGUCCCUUCAAUUGCAGUAGGAAAGCAUACUGUAAUAUUUCCAUUUCUAUUUGAUGUCAAACACGCUCUUGAAGACAAGGACUCAAAUGGAUAAACAUAAUGACCAGGUUUAAACAGAUGGAUAUUCUAUUUUUUUUUAAUUUUUUUUUUGUUUUUUAUUUUUGUGAGAGAGGGGCCAGCUGUAAAUUGACCAGCUGCCUCUAGGACACCAAGUUUAUCUUCCCCACUGCCAUGUGUUGUCACUUUCCAUUCUAUUGUCACUUCCCUCGGGUCUAGGCAUGGCAAAGCUAGGAAUAAGAUUUUUUGCACCCAUGUUGCAACAAAUUUCAAAGUAGUGAUGGCUCAAGUUGUGAGCACAUCGCAAAGACAAUAUGAUAAUCUUGACAAGUAGGUUUAAUAUGUCUAAAUGUUGGUGGGAUGCCUAAGCAGGCUUUGGUGAUGGACAUGAUUGCUGGCAUAUGUGAGCUAAGUUUGCUAGAGUAACCUCUAGCAUUUGUGUACUUAAGUAACUUUCAUUUGUGUAGUUAAGUAACUUAAGUGUCAAUAGAAGGCCAUAAAUUAUGCCUUGUUAAUUGCUAUUAAUCUAGGUUGUAUAUAUUUUCAUAAAUAGGAGAGGAGAUUUAGCUUACCAUGUAUGGAUUCCUAAAAUUACUCAGUUGGCUUACCAUAUAUAGCCUCCUAAGACCACUGUGUAAUUAGUAUGUAUAGAUUUAAGUUUCCUUGUAUAACUGGCAGUCUUGACUAAAUAAUGAAAGACCUGCUCAAAAGAGAGGAGAAUUUGAACCACUCUAUUAUGGUAUCAGAGCUAUUCUCUAAGAAAUGUCAGUCCUAGUUUUCUCAGUCAUAGCCUCAAUACUUAUGGAGAAGUUAGAUAAUGUUUCUGUCAGAUUCACUGGCAAAAAUUAUGCUGCUUGGGAGUUUCAAUUGGAGACUUUUCUCAAGGGUAAAGAGCUGUGGGGACAUAUAGACGGCAGCAGCAAAGGGGGAUCUACUGCGGAAAGGUCUGUGGCCGACACGCAGCUUGGGAUGCCAAAGAUAAUCAAAUCAUGUUCUGGAUUCUUGGUUCUAUGGAGCCACAUCUGAUUCUCUGUGUCCUCAUAGAUCUGCAAAGGCUAUGUAGAAUUAUCUCAAGCAAGUCUAUAACCAAGACAACAAUGCUAGGCACUUCCAGCUUGAGUUGGCCAUUGCUAACUAUACUCAAGGGGAUCUAUCAGUUCAAGACUACUAUGGUUUUCUGAAUUUUUGGAAUGAUUAUUCCGACCUUGUUACAGCCACGGUCUCUGCAGAAGGAUUGGAGGCAGGAUUGGCGACAGUACAACACGUACAGAAAACCAGCCAAAGAGACCAAUUUCUAAUGAAAUUGAAGCCUGACUUUGAAUCUAUUCGUGCCUCUCUAGUAAAUAGAGAUCCUGUUCUGACUUUGGAGGCCUGUCUUAGUGAACUCUUGUAUGAGGAACAACGCCUCAAUACUCAAAAUAUUAUGGAGCAGUCUCGUGUUGCUUCUAAUACUGUCUCAGUUGCCUAUGUUGCUCAUGGCAAGGGGAAGGGUCUUGCCAUGAGCACCACACAGUGCUACAGUUGCAAGAAAUAUUGCCAUAUUGCCCCCAACUGUCCUCAGAAAUUUUGUAAUUACUGCAAGCAGCCAGGGCACAUUAUUAGGGACUGUAAUAUUCGUCCUUCAUGCUCCAACAAGGUCUAUCAUGCUGUUGUUACUGGUGACUUAGAGCCAGCUAUGCCUGCUGCUACUGCUGCAACUUCUGCUGUUGCUUUACAGCCUCCAGAACCUUUUCUAACUCGAGAAAUGGUGCAAGAAAUGGUUGAGUGCAUUUUCAGCAUUGGGUCUUCAAGGAUCAGAUGUUAGGGUAGUUGAUAGCGAAGGGGCCUAAGCAUGGACGUCUCUUUUCUCUACAACUACCUGCUCCACGAAGCUUACCUUUUUCUCUGUACUGUCUUUACUUUGUAAUAAGUCUAGUGUCAAAUGAAGUCUGGCAUAAGCGCCUUGGUCAUCCUAAUUCUAGGGUUCUAUCUUAUUUGUUGAAAUCUGGUCUAUUGAAUAAUAAAGAGCAUUCUUCUCCCAA